GGUGGAAAUUUGAGGGCUCUGAGGAAUUUCUGUACAAAAGGAAAUAGGCAGCUGGACUGGGUGGGGCAUAAGGAAUCCUAGCAGAGGGGUUACUAGAAAAGCAAAGGAAAAUGACUCACCAUCAAAAUUGAAGAAGUUCGUUUUAGAAGGAGAUGUAGGUUUCUUUAAAGAACUAAAUACUGUCUUUAAGUAAAAUUUGAAAAGCAGAAACCUAUCUUGGAAGAGAUUGCCCAAUAUUAGAAGUGGAGUGAACAUCGCUAGAGAAGAACAGAUGUUUUGGUGAGAGUUAAUCAUCUCUAACUUAAUAAACCAGUAGGAAUGUGUGAAUACAACACACCUCGUUGGCAAACAGAGAGACUGGGCAUGUUUGUUUAGCUGUGUGUCUAUGUGCUCAGCUACGCCACGUCAAUGCUGAGUCGGAAAACUGGGACUGCAUUACCAGACAUGACUUCACUGUAAACACUGUAAAACUUCUACUCUGAAGAAGUCAUUCUGCAUGAGCUUCAUACGUUCGAUCUCUGGAGGCAGUAUUGAUCAGGUGCAGAGGAAAUAUGGGGCAAAACUCCUCGCAACAGUUGCCUCCGAAGGACAGCAAAGAGGUUUCCAGCGUCUGUGAGGUUGUCAGCGAGGCUAUAGUCCAUGCAGCUCGGAAAGUGAGGGAGUAUCUUGGAUUCGAAGAUCCUCUGAGCAAUCUGUGCCCAGCUUCCAACACUCUGAACGAGAUCUUCUUAAUCCACUUCAUCACUUUCUGCCAAGACAAGGGAGUGGACGAAUGGCUCACCACCACCAAGAUGACCAAGCACCAAGCUGUACUAUUCGGGGCAGACUGGAUUUGGACCUUCUGGGGAGCCGACAAACAGAUCAGGCUUCAGCUGGCAGUGCAAACUCUGCAGAUGUCUUCCCUCCCUCCUGUGGCAUCUCAGCCCUGUGACAUGUCCCCUCCAGAAUCCAGGGCAGAGGGGUCUUCCAGGAAGAGAAGUCGAUUUGAUAAGCUGGAAGAAUUCUGUCACUUGAUAGGAGAUGAUUGUCUAGGCCUGUUUAUCAUCUUUGGGGUGCCAGGUAAGCCCAAAGACAUCAGAGGAGUGGUCCUGGACAGUGUCAAUAGUGAGACUGUGCGGGGCCAGCUGCCAGGACGGAAGGCCGUGGCACAGUUUGUCCUGGAAACGGAAGAGUGUGUCUCCAUCAGAAACCUGCUGGGGAACUGUCUGAGUAAGAAAGAUGGGCUGAGAGAGGUGGGCAAGGUUUAUAUUAGCAUCCUCUGAACUGGAUGUGGGCAAAGAGACUGUAAGGCAAAAAGGAAAAAGUAUUUUAGCGAGCUCAUCCACAUGCAUCAUCCCACCAUGGGAUUUUUUUUUUUUUCUACCCACCCUCCAUUGCAAGAAAAUAAUCACCUGGAUCAAAGCAUAUAAUGUCAUGACAACAGAGAGGGAAAAACCCUGCUCAUAUUGCAGGGAAAAUUAAUUUAUUCAAUAAUAA